AAAGCAUGCAUCUUUGUUUUCAAAAUAUUUUUUAGUAAGGUUAUGCUUUUUCUGACAUGUGUUUAGUUAGGUUAUAAUUUACAAUGGGUUCCAAAAAGGCUGUUAAAAACUCGUCCUCUAGUAAUAAUAAAAAAUCAGUAAAAGUAAAGGCUUCCAACAAAAAGUUCAAAGGUGGUAAAAACAAAAGAAGAGAAACUGUACCCAAAUUAAUUAAGCCUAAAAUUAAGGAUGUUGAGGAAUCUGAGGAAAGUGAUUAUGGAGAGGAUAUGCUUGAUAUGGUGGAGGAGGAAGAUUUGGCCUUUUUGAAAACUGCAAUUGCCAACAAAUCUUAUAGCCUAUUGAAAAAUGUUAAAUUUGACAAAUCAAAAGGACAGAAACGAAAGUUACAGGACGAGGAAGAAGAUGAUGAUGGUGAUGAUUUAGAAAAUGAUUACGAAAGUCAACUGAAACCAACAAAGGUGGUAAAGAAUUUGCUUCCAAUUAAAACUAAUAAAGGUAUAGUUAAAAGAUCAGUUGAACAAGAUGAGGUUGAUGAACCAGAAGAGGAGGAGGAAGAGCAGAUGGAGGAAUCAUAUAUUGAUGAUGAAAAUGAGGAUACUGGUGAUGAUGAUGAUGAUGAAGGCAUGUAUGUGUUCAAUGAAGACGGUAUAGAUAAAUCCGUGCCAGUUUCCGCAGCUCAAAUGUUAUCAAAUCGCAACGAAACUUUGAGACAGAAAAAGAUUUACAUUGGAAAUCUAAGUUCGAUAAUUCUCGAAAACCCUGAGGAGAAUAUAUUGAAUUUACGUUUGUUAAUGAAGAUAUUGGACGAUGAUACGCCGGAGGUGUACGUGACCGUUCGCAAAUUAGCGAUCGUCGCGUUAUUGGAGGUUUUCAAAGAUAUUUUGCCCAAUUACAACUUGAAGUUGCAAGAUAUCACGGAAACUAAAGUUAAGAAGGACACUUUGAAGCAGCACAAAUUCGAGGAAACUCUUCUGAGCAGUUACAAGAAGUAUUUACAGCAUCUGGAGAAGUUCAUGUACAUUUUACAUCGAAAACGAGGAGACGCGCGCGUCUUUUCCGAGGGUGAAAUUAAUGUGGCCGAGGUCGCUGUCCAUGCUAUGUGCGAUUUGCUUGUGAGCCAUCCGUACUUUAACUUUGCGCAGAAUAUUGUCCAAACGAUAGUACCGUUCUUGAAUAAUCCCAAUAAGAAUGUUAGGCAAUUGGUGGCAGCAGCUUGCAAAACUGUCUUCAAGGAAGAUAAACGUGAGGAAAUCACGUUGAAGGUAAUGCGAGCCGUAAAUCAGUACUUGAGGAAUCACGCGCAUAACGUGAACGCGGAUAUGCUCGAGGUGUUCUUAGCUUUACGUAUCAAAGAUGUUAAUUUAGAUCAGGAGAAGGAACACGAUAUUAAGGAGAAGAAGCUGAAUUCGAAGAAAGGGAACAUUCUACGAUUGUCGAAACGCGAGCGAAAGAAAGGAAAGAUGUUGAAGGAACUUGAAAAAGAGAUGCUUGAAACGAAAGCAGAGGAAAGCAAGCAAAUGAAGCACCACAACUUGACGGAGAUAACGAAGAUCUUGUUCGGGAUUUACUUUAGGAUUUUGAAAAGCUCGAAUAACACUAAAGUUUUGGGCGCUUGCUUAGAGGGUUUGGCUAAGUUUGCGCAUUGCAUAAAUUUAGAGUUUUAUGUUGAUAUCGUGAAUGUGCUGGACAAAUUGUUGAAGGAGGACUGGCUGGGUUACAGGGAAAACUUGAAUUGCGUUCGAACGGUUUUCUCGAUAUUGGGUGGACAAGGAGAGAUUUUGAACAUGGAUCCGACAAGGUUCUACAAGUAUUUCUACCAGGAUCUUUUGUGCACCACUGCAGGCAGAACUCACAAUAACAUGGAGAUCGUAUUUAGCGCGUUGGCCGAAGCGCUCCUCAAUCGCAGAAAGAAAAUCACGAACAAACGGUUAAUCGGAUUCGUGAAACGAGUCACAACUUUGGCACUUCAGCUGCUGCACAAUGGAUCGAUCGGUGCACUCUCAUUCGUUAAAACCGCAUUCCAGUUAAAUUCCGCAACUGAUAUCCUCUUGGAUCUGGAUAAUUCUGUCGGCGAUGGAAAAUUCGAUCCACAUUUAGAAGAACCCGAAUACUCUGGAGCAGCUAACACCGCUCUCUACGAGUUGACUUUAUUGGCGAAACAUUACCAUCCGAUUGUAGCCAAGUAUGCGGUGCAUAUAGCAAAUGGGGCCAAUUCGGCGAAGGAAGGCGCUACUUUGCCCAUGGAAUAUGCCAAAUGUACAAUGGAAGAGUUAUUCGAAAAGUUCGAUAUGUCUGAGAUGGCGUUCAAUCCACCGAUUAGAGUUCCGAAGCAAGUGCAGGCGAAGGCGCGCCCCGAACGGCACGAGUUCGCGAAUGAAGAUUUCAAGAGAAUGUGUUACAAAAAACUAAAAUAUGAAAAGUCCAAUGAGGCCUUCUUCAUCGGUAUUAAAUAAAUAUCUAUACAAUUUGAAACAUGAA